AUGUCCGACACCAUGAACGUUGAGCGGUUGACGCCACUGGAUAUGAUCAUGCCCAGGACUUACAUCGGCGCACUCUUGACAUUCUCAACGACAGAACCAAUCUCAUCAAUCUCUCCAAACUUCCAACGUGGUCUGGACGGCCUUCUCAAGCAAUUGCCAUGGCUAUCUGGUCAGGUUUUCCCAACAACACCCGCCGCAGGGGAAGCACCCGGUCUUGAGAUCCGAUGGGACGUAAAUGCCCCUGCCCCUACAAUUGUCGACAAGGGUUCAAUUAAAGAAGCAUUCGAGACCCUGUCUGCUCAGGGAAUGCCUCCUUCAGCUAUCCCUGCAGAUGUCUGGCCCGUACCUGCCAUGAUCGACGAGGAUCUCUUUGCCAAAGGAGCGCCUGUUUUUGGUGCAAGUCUCUUCCGCUUCGCCGACAACCGCGGUGUCGGACUCUGCAUUAGCAUCCAUCACAACACGGUUGAUGCGGCAGGGUUUACCGAGAUCGUGAGGCUUUGGGCUCAGAGCAUUGCAGGAUCUGUAUCGUCGUCCUCCAUUCUGGGCCUGGGUCGAAUCAGCCAACUCUCGGGAGCACUCUCGUCUGACCUCAGUGCCGUCUCUUCCCAGUCAAUUGACAGCCUCUUUGCCUCGCACCCAGACAAAUGCAUGCCGAAGGCACCUACUACAAACACGGUAGUGUCUGCGCUUGUUUGGUCCGCCAUUACUCGUGCCCGUUUGCAACGCAACCCUGGUCUUGCAGAUGAGACUAGUCGACUGGCGAUGGCGGUAAAUGGUCGACGACGCAUUGGCGAGGAGUUUUCGUCUCCUGAAACUCCGUACAUCGCAAAUAACAUCCUCUAUUCUCUCGCAAAGCUUUCGGUCGAAGACUUGAAGGCAUCUGGCGGAGACAAUGCGGAGCAGCUCUCCAAGCUCUGUGACAUCAUUGCUCAAUCUCAAUCCUCCACUCUCGUCAACUCUCGCCACAUUGCCGAAGUCUACAGCAUGGCAAACGGCAUGGAGGAUUACAGGACCAUGUUUGUCGGCUGGGACCUGUUUGGCUCGCGCGAUCUUACCAUCACCAGCUGGGCCGAUCUUGAUUUGUAUGAGAUGAGCUUUGGUUCCGAGCUUGGAAGUCCCGAUUUCAUUCGGCCUCCUUAUUCAGAGGCCGACGGUGUCGGUAUGGUCCUGCCUAGAAAGAAAGUAGUUGCUGGUGCGGGCGCAUCUGAUGAAGUGGUCGAAGUCAUGGUUAUGCUACGCAGAGACGAUAUGGAGGUUCUGGAGAAGCAUGGCAUGUGGAAGGCUUAG